UCGCACUCCAACGAAUUCCGGGCGCCCUUUUUUUUUUUUUUUUUUUUUUUUUUAUUAAUCUGCUUUCUAGUGCAGCAUUUCACGACACUCGUCCCAUAUCUACCUAAUACUACUCUUCGAGUGUGUAUACGCCACACAUAUUCACUAGCAUCAUGUCUGUUGAGAUCGAUCCUCAGGAGCUUGGCUUCCAUCGCCCAUUCACGGCGGAAGUUUCGGAAGUCUUACGGAUCAGAAACCCGAAUUCUCACCCGGUAGCCUUCAAGGUGAAAACUACCGCACCGAAGCAGUACUGCGUCAGACCUAACUCUGGCCGGGUUGAGCCUGGCAAAGAGGUGGAAGUUUCAGUCAUUCUCCAGGCCAUGAAGCAGGAACCCCCUGCUGACACGAAAUGCCGAGACAAAUUCUUAGUCCAGUCGGUCCCGAUCACUGGAGACAAGGAAUUCGCCAACCUAGCAGCUAUCUGGGACGGUAUUGAGAAAUCAGCGAUACAAGAGAAGAAGAUUCGGGUUAUCUUCAUGCCUCCUGUAGGCGCUCUUACUGGUACCAGUCAUCUUGAGACGCCCGUCAAGCCUGCCGCAGCCAACGGCGCAACACCAGAUGCGGCCCCUCCUGCCUACUCCUCUCCCGGUGACUAUUCAACUAGCCAAACAGAUGCCAAGAACGAGAACGAGAUCAAGCGCGAGGAGCUCCCGGCAACCGCAGGUGUGGCAGCGAUUGCGACCACCCAGAACAGCGACCUAAGCCCUGACGAACUGAAGCAACAACUUAUCCAAGCCGAAAAGGUAAUCGUACAACUUAAGCAAGACCAGGAAGGGUUACGACAGCGUAAGACGGCGGGUACGGACAAGGCCAGCUCCAAGCCUGCCGCGUUAGCUCAGGCAGCACCAGCAGGCACUGAAGGUGUACCAAUCAAGCUUGCAGCGAUCCUUUGUUUCCUGAGCUUCAUGCUUGCGUAUCUCUUCUUUUAAGUUGCGUCAAGGGUGUUCUAGCAGAUUCUUUCAGGGCAGAGGUUGAGGAAUCCCGUUAUGGUUGGGACAUUGGCAAACCGGUUUCUUACUAGA